ACAGGCCCAUAUCUUGGCCCAAAUUUCGCUCUCUCUCUAACCUCUCCUCCAUUGAUUCUCUCUAAAACUCUCUCCGUCUUUCUCUCUCUUUGAUACUCAUCUCUCUCCAGAAUUCAUGUCGGAAAAGGGUCGCCCGUUGCCAAAAUUUGGCGAAUGGGAUGUCAAUGAUCCAGCUUCAGCUGAAGGAUUUACUGUGAUCUUUAACAAGGCUAGAGAUGAGAAGAAAACAGGGGGAAAACCUGAAUCACCAGCAAAAACUGCUGAUCCUCAGGCUAAGCCUGGAGCAGAUCCUGGCAAAGCACAGCCUGGAAGAAAAUGGCUUUGCUGCAUUCAAGCCCCGUCUGCAGAAUCUUGACGAGCUCCUGCCUGUCUUGUGAGCUUCCACGGGAGAAAAUGUUCGUAUGCAAAAGUCCCCACCAAAUAUCUCUAGAAGUUUGGGAGCUACAGAGCUAUGAAGGGUCCUGCUAGACUAUCUUCUUUCUUUCUUUUUUUUUUUCUUUUCCUUUUCUGGGUGAUGUAAAAUUGAGUUGUGGUGGGGUAGAAAAGCAAAAAAAGAUAAAUUACUGUAGCUAUAUGUUCUUAUUUGGUUGGUUCUUGUUAGAUGCCAAGCUAUUUUCUUGCUUUCCUUGCUAUAUCAAAUACUAUAUGUUGUAGAGCUUAUUUGUGACAUAUUCUUUCUUCUGAUUGUAUCAGUGAAUUGGGUUUCUUUGUGCAGUACA